AUGUUCCAGUCAUUCACCGGCAACUCUCGUCGCCCGAGGCAGGUGAACCUCAGCGGCCGCACCAACAAUCCCUUUGCUGCAUUCCCCGGCAGCUCGCCAGCCCGACCGACCCCUCAUGCCUCAAACCCUCAAAGUGCGGUCGCCAUUGCACAGCAGGAGCGCCUGCAGCGUCAGCGGGAUAGGGAGAAACAGAAUGCGUCCCGCGUGAUACAGCGAUCCUGGCGGGGUCACCGCAGCAGGACGCACACAUAUGCUUUGUGGAGAUUGGAAUGGGAUAAAAACGAGCGGGAGAUGACAGACGCUAUGGAUUUGAUGGCGGGCGUCGAAGCAUCGGCCGAUGAUAAUGCUUUCUCGUCUCGCCGCUCGAUGCCUUAUGCUACGGGGGACCAGUGUUUGUCUCAGCUCCGGCUGUUGGUCCAAUUUGUGUCUUCUCGAAAGCGAGAUGACAUUCUUCGUCUGGUCUAUUUUGUAGAUGCGUUCGAGCAGACCUUCAGGACCCUCCCUACGAUCGCUGCGGAAGGAGAAUGGACCAAGCUACUCAAGCGCCUGGCGAUGGCGGUGCUAAGGGUGCUGAGCUCGGCAUCGAAGUCGCAUGUUCCUUCCACCGCGUUGGAGCCUCUUCUCCGAUCGGUCAUGUUCCUUGCAGGCUUGAUCCCCAAACAAAUGGCAAACGUGGCAGACGUCUAUUACAAUGCGAUGGCCUUCCUGACGAAGAACUUUUCCAAGCUUCAGCUCCAAAGACAGGAACCGGAGUCUGACAAGCGAGAGGAGGGACUCGACCCUGAUCUCCUCCAGGAAGCUGUUCUCGCUCUCCUACGUCCGAUCACCUCAGAGACAAUGUCAGCGUAUGAAUCACUCGCGACAUCAUAUCUUACAAUUCCCAAUCUUGAAAACUACCUCGGAAAGCUGGAUGGCCUGGCUACUCAGAUUAACUACAGGAUGCUGGCCCUGGCCGUGUCUGGCUGUCUAUCGGAGGCUACCCAGAAAGGCCGCCCACUGGAUGAUACCCAAGCUCGUACCUGGUUGCUUUCUUACCUGAUCUUCUUUCAACGUCAUGCGCUUGGAACGCACGCGAACUCCCACGUCCCGGAACUGGAGUUUGUGACUGUCGUGUCGGAGCUAUUGACUCUGACGGCCACGCAUUUGAUGCAGGGGUUGGAGGUGGAAGAUCCAAGCGAGGUCGACCUGCCAAAAGGGGUCCGCCCGUUGCACCCAUUCAUCAAAGACCAAGUCACUGGUCUUGUCAACCAAGGUAGUGUGACUGGUCUCCUCUCCCGGAUCCGAAGCCCCCGCCAUCUUCAAACAGGCCUGACAAGCCACUCGGACGAGUCGAAGAAAGCUCGCAUUCUUGCUACAUAUGCAUUGAAUCUGCUCAGAAUCUUUCCACGACGAGGUGACGAUAUUCGAAUGUGGCUAUACCUGGGCUCAGCACCGUCCGGAGAGCAGGUGCCGGGCCAAUUAGAUGCCAAAAUCCCAGCGAUCAAAUAUUUCUGGCAGGCAUCUCGGUCUAGCCGGAUCUUUCAGACAAUCAGCGGUGAUUCGACGAAGGUUCUACCGUUGCUCCAGCUGCCCGAACAAGCGAAAGAGCCGAUCAACAUGCCUCAGGAUCAACGCGACCAGGAAUGGACCACGAUCUUGCUCUUUCUUGAACUCUUCACAUUUGUGUUGAAGGUCAUGGAUGACGAUGAAUUCUUCUCGAGUAUCUCCGCUUUCCCGCCAGCCGAAAGUACGAAGAUUUCAUGGACGAGAGAAAGCGCCCUACCAUUGACCGAUAUUAAGGACAUGACGAUCUUUCUGAAGAAUCUUGCCUUUACCCUUUACUGGAACGCUGUGGAUCUGAACGAACCCGAGCUUCGUCCAACAGCUGUUAACCUAAGCAGCUAUUUCAACAGCGCCUCGCAGUCAUCCGGAUCUUCUGCACCCGUUCCGAGUGCUGCGGACUUGGAAGCAAAAGGGCAGAAUAACUAUCUUCCUGGGGUGACCGGAAUCCCGUUGGAGUACUUCAAGGGACUUGUUACUGGUUUGCUCCGCAUGCUGCAUGAACGAGAUUCGCGCCGAAAGUUCCUUCCUCCAGACCACUGGCUUAUGACGAGUCAGUUUGACAUGGAGGGCUUUAUCCCCGCUGUUGUUCUUGAAGAAGAAAGGAGACACGAAGUCCAAGCACGAAUGGAGGAUCCAGAAGAAGCCGACCUAAUGGAUGAUGAAUCGAACACCCCUUACGGCCUGGCCGGUGCCGGUCAUGCUCAGCAAACUAUCCGACUGGAGUCCCUGCGUCGCCAUCAGCAGCGAGUUGCUCGAGGAAGAGUUCUCGCAGCUAUUGCACCACGGCUUGAAAUCCUCCGAAAUAUGCCCUUCUUCAUCCCGUUUGCCACCCGUGUUCAAAUCUUCCGCCGCUUCAUUUAUCAUGACCAGCACCGGCGACGUCAUGGAUUUGUUGACCCUGACGCAUGGCGUGCAUCGGUUGUACAGGCUGCUAUGGGGCAGAUGGUGAACGGCAAUCCUUCUUUCCAGGAUGUUUUAGCCCGCCAUCAAGCCGAAAUCCGGAGAGAGCAUAUGUUUGACGAUGCACUGGCCCAGUUCUACCCGCUCGGCGAUGGCCUCAAAGAGCCCAUUCAAAUCAGCUUCAUUGAUCGUUUUGGAGCAAUGGAGGCUGGUAUUGAUGGUGGAGGUGUGACCAAGGAAUUUCUGACCAGUAUUACAUCCGAAGCCUUCAAGACCGAGAGUAACUUCAACAUGUUCUCUGAGAACGAUCAGCACUUGCUGUACCCGAAUCCAACCGCUGUUGCACAAUGCACUGAGCAGUACUACGAAAAAUGCCGGAGAACUGGCAUCAGCGAGUCGAGUGCGGAGAGCGCAGGGCACGUCCGCGAACUACUCCGCCGGUAUGAGUUCCUUGGUCGGGUGAUCGGGAAGUGUCUCUACGAAGGCAUCCUCAUCGAUGUUCACUUCGCGCCGUUCUUCCUGUUGAAGUGGGCCCUGACUGGAGGUACGGGGUCGGCGAUGAGGGAAUCAUCCUACCGGGCCAAUCUGAACGAUUUGAAGGACCUUGACCAGGGAUUAUACCAAGGACUCCUCCAACUGAAGAACUAUUCCGGAGACGUGGAGGACUUCGCGCUGGACUUCACCGUUACUGAUACCAUCCCGAUGCCCGACUCGACAAAUCGAACCGUGACAAAGGAAUUGCGAUACAAUGGCUCAAAGACGCCGGUGACGAACCAGAACCGACUGGUAUACAUAUCCUAUAUUGCUCGAUACCGUCUCCAGGUUCAGCCCUCUAUGCAGACCAACGCUUUUCUGCAAGGGCUUGGGCAAAUCAUUCAGCCUGCCUGGCUGUCCAUGUUCAACCAGACGGAGUUGCAGACCCUUGUGAGUGGCGAGACUGGAGAUAUUGAUGUGGAGGACCUGCGGCGCAACACGCUAUAUGGCGGCGUGUACACAAUCGGGGACGAUAACGAGGAGCAUCCGACAAUCAAGUUGUUCUGGCAGGUGCUGCACGAAAUGAGCAACGAAGAGCGGCAGAAGGUGUUGCGAUUCGUGACUUCGACUCCUCGUGCUCCACUGCUUGGGUUCAGCCAUCUGAAUCCCCGGUUCAGCAUCCGUGACUCUAGCGAUGACGAGGAGCGACUGCCAAGUACCAGCACUUGCGUCAAUCUGUUGAAGUUACCUCGUUACUCGACAGCCGCUGGGCUACGCAGCAAGCUGUUGUAUGCGGUGAGCUCGGGAGCAGGGUUCGACCUGAGCUGA